AUGUCACGGAUACGCAUUUUAGAUGCUACACUACUCAUCAAAAGAGCUAGAAUAAACCCAGACAUAUUACUCGCUCAUACGAAAAUGUUGACCAGGACUACUGCUAAAUACCCCCUCACGAGAGUCGAGGUUAAAUCAUUCACGAUUCAUAGCGGCGUCGUAGGAGAGACACUGGACAACGUCAUUCUUGGACAAAUACCAAAGCGCAUAAUUGUCGGCUUUGUCGAUAACAAAGCAUUUAACGGUGCCCGGCAUUUAAAUCCAUUCAAUUUCCAGCAUUAUGGAAUAAAUUGCUUUUCGUUGUAUGUCGAUGGUACUCAAAUCCCUAGCAGACCGUUACAACUCAAAUUCUCUGGUAACGAGAUUCUCUACGCCGAGGCGUAUCACACCCUUUUCUCAGGAACGGGCAUUCACUUUUUAAACGAAACUAAUUCUAUAUCCAGAAAAGAUUAUUCUGCUGGUUAUACUCUUUUCGCUUUUGACCUCACUCCUGAUCUGCCAGCUAAUUACGCAGGCCAACGGAACCUUGUGAAAUACGGUAGUUUGCGAAUGGAAGUACGAUUCGAAAGAGCCCUCACAACAACGGUCAACUGCUUAGUUUACGCUGAAUUUGAAAGUGUGCUGGAAAUAGAUUCUUCUCGUCAAGUCAUUGUAGAUUAUAGCGGUUAA